GUUAAGUUUCCCUGUAGUCUAUGGUAAUUGGUGGAAGUUCAAAGUUGUUAUUUUGCAAAUUUAUUUGUCAUUCUGAUUUAUACAGGAUGGAUUUAAUUAGCAAAGAUAAAAGUGUUUUAGCGGUGUUCACCGAGGAAGAAGAUGUGCGCAGACUACGGGCACAAUUAAAAAAUUUCCACAACGUAACCCUUAAAUCAUAUGGCGAAAUUGGCAAAGAUCCCUCAAUGUUUCAUGCAGUAAUUACCUCUCGGUUACCGUACACUGAGCAAAUCCUUAAAGAAAUCUACAACAAGCUUCGACCGGGUGCUCCCUUUGUGAUCCUCCAACAGAACAUACCAGAAAUUGACUUCUUACUAAAAACAAACGGGUUUAUUAAUGUACAGAUUGGCCAAAAUGCGAUUAGCAGUUUCAAGCCGUCGUACGAGGUGGGAUCGUCGAGAAAAUUGAAUUUAAAACCUGCCACUCCAGCUGUGUGGAAACUCGAUCUGAAUGAUGAUGAUGAUGAACUGAUCGAUCAGGACGAUUUAUUAGACGCAGAUGAUUUCAAGAAACCCGAUGAAUCAUCAUUAAAAGUCUGUGGAACCACGGGAAAAAGAAAAGCUUGCAAAGACUGUUCGUGUGGUUUAGCUGAAGAGUUGGAUGACGAGGCAAGCGCAAAGAAGACUGUGAAUUCGGCCGAAGCUAAAUCCUCUUGUGGAAGUUGUUAUUUGGGCGACGCUUUUCGUUGUGCAAGUUGUCCUUAUUUGGGAAUGCCUGCGUUUAAACCAGGUGAAAAGGUCGAGCUGUCUUCUGUAUUCUUGAAGGCCGACGUGUAGAUAUUUAAUUUUUUUUUGUUCCUAUUUGUGUUGACACUAUCUUUCUCAUAAAAUUAAAAUAUUAAACUGAAAGGA